GUGAAGAAAACACAUGUGAAUAAACAUACUUUUUCAUAAUAAAUUUUCAUUAGUGACAAUUGUAUAAAAUAUGGCUAAUUCUCAGCUACAAUGCUUGGAAGAAGAUCAGGAGUUUGUUGACCUGACCGAGGGAAACCCUGAUUUUUAUUACUCUGAAAAACAAAGGACAGCCUUAGAAACACUGCUAUCUUCUGGUGCACAAGCUUUCCAAAACUGUAUCAAAGAGGAAGGAAUUCGCCAUUUUUUGUCUAAAGAAGAAAUAAUUUCAAUUGAGAGUUCUGCUACUGAUUCUGAGUUGGGGAAGAUAGAACUGGAGGAUGAUUCGGAACUUGAUGAUGAUGGAAGCAUUAGUUAUUGGCCAGGAAAAUCUGAUGUGCCAACACCUAUGCUGGAUCUUGGUUGGCCUGAAGGAGGCAACUGGAAGGGGAUAACACGGGCAGAAGUAUACACUCAUCCUCCUUCUAAUAAUGCUCCACAUAUCAAGGUGAUUAUGCGGAGGACUAUACAGAAUGCAACUAAGGUUAUUGCUGUUGUCAUGGAUGUAUUUACAGAUCCAGAUAUUUUCCUUGACUUACACGAAGCAGCCACAAGACGUAUGAUUCCAGUUUACAUAGUCCUAAAUUUCCAUCAUCUACCUUCUUUUCUGCAAAUGGCAGAAACUCUUGGAAUCAAUGUUCGAUACAUGGAGAACAUGCGUGUAAGAGUAAUUUCAGGAUGCACCUUCAACACCCGACAUUUGAGACAAGUAACAGGAAAGCUAAAAGAAAAAUUCCUUUUAGUAGAUGGUGAAUCUGUAAUCACAGGAACAUACAGUUUCACAUGGAGUGACGCACGACUGGAAAGAAACCUUAUCACACUGUUAACAGGAGAAAUAACUGACACAUUUGAUAAUGAAUUCCGAACUCUUUUUGCCGCUUCACGCCCUCUACAAAGAUAUGAUUUUGCCAACAAAGAUGUUAACAGCAGAUCACCAGUUCCUUCACUGGCAGUAACUGUGCCCAAGGAGCCCGAAAUGGUCAACCACAAUUGUCAACCCGUAUCAGAAAUAGCAGAGAUUAAUGCAAAUGGGUUCUCCUCACCUAAAAAGUUUAACACCAGUGGGAUGUUACAACCAACAGAUAUUCUCUCGGCCCCUUACAAGAGCCCAUUAGUUGGGGUUCCGUUAUCUAAGAGUGUUAAUAAGAUAACAGAACGGCGCACAGUAGUACCAGUAAUCGAGAAGAACGUGGGCACAAACUCAGAGGUUAACAACGUAACAGGUGCUCCUCCGUUUUCUUCAAAUAUCACCACAAAAACUGUGAAUUUGCCUGACUACACUAUCAGGCACCGCCUGGCCGCCUGUCGUAACUUUGAAGGAACUUCGGUAAAUGUACGAAAUGGACAAGAGUCACAUAGUGCUUUAAGUGAUAUUCUAAAGAAUGUACAACGUUCCAGAUUGUCUGUUGCCAAAACAACCGGGGGGAGGCCGAGCAAGUCCCUAUGGGAUCUUAGUCAGCUGUCUCAAUUGUCUGGCUGCAGCGGAGAGCAUAAUCCAAGACAAAACCCACUGGAGCUUGGGGAGGAAUCAAAGAAACCUAGGUGGACUUCUCAAGAUACUCCUGCAAUGUUAUUGAUGAGACAUAGAGCUUUUCCUACUGAUGAUGCUAGAAUCCGUGAGCCUUCUAACCCCCAUCCGUCAGGAUUUAAGCCAUCAGCUAUAAUCUCGCCUAUAAGACUGCAAGGACAAUUGGUACAUGGCAUGACUUCUACGGCUUUGCCGAGACCUUGGGUCAAUCCAUCAAGACAUAUAAGACCACACUACUAUUAACCUUUGUCCCCUGGUAACAGACGAUACUUUUCUCUGCCUACUAGGGGCCCUUUUUUAUCAUUGACAUAUUGCAUUUAUUGCUGUUGUGUUCAAAUGUAAUGCAAAGUGUUUAACAUGUUUUAUUUUGUAUGAUAUUUUCAUUUAAGAGCAGAUAAGUACAUUUACUAAGUUUUAAUUUCCUUAAAAAAAUGACAAAUCAAUGUGAAAUACUGUAUUUUUAUGGCAAGUUUCGUGCACUUUUGUUAAUGUAUCAAAAUCCCAUUUCAAAGCGCCUUUUCUGUACAGUAUUACUGACAGUUGAAAUAUUGGUCAACAUUACGAAAAUUUAAUAAUUGUAUACUUUUAUCUUUUAAAUAAAAAUGGCAAAACAGUCUAUUGCAAUGUUACUGCGAGCUAUACAGAAAUGCAAGUAUUUUAAUACUGAAAUGUUUGCUAAUAAUUACGUUUUUUGUAUAUAAACUGGAAAUUAUAUCACUAUA